CGGAAAUUGAUGAUGGCAUUAACAGGAAGUGAAUAAAGCAUUUUUUGAGUGAAUGAACUACAUGAACUGAAUGCAGAUAUUAUAUUUCACGAAGACAAUGCACAAGAUAGUCAAGACAACGGCAUUUUGAAAAUGAAUUUGGAUUCCUAUAAAGCAGCAAGAGGAUUUGUUAUUUAUUCCAAUUGCCUUCGAAAGAAUCUGCACGAAAGGUAAGCGAUAAUUAACAAUUAUUGGAUGAGGUUUUUUGUGAUAUGCGGAAUUAUCAAUUUUAUAUAUUUUAUAUGAGUUAUUUCAAAUAGAUGGAAAACAUGUUGCCAUUAAAUUAUUUCCGGAGGUCAUUAUAUUUAGUACCAUGAUGAGAUUUUGGCAAUAUUGAACAAUUUUUGUAUUCGGUUUUUGCAUGAAUUGAAGAAUUAUCGAUGCCGAAGUUUGUGUUGUUUACAGUAGCUGAAGGCUGAGUUUCACUGAGAGUUUCACCGCUGGCUUUUAGCCAAUGAGAAAACACAAAUCUUUUAAAUAAAUGAUAGUAAUAAAUUCAAUUUGAAACAGAUUGUUAAAAUGUUUAUUCCCUGUACUGAUAAAAUAAUAUUGUUGGAAGCAUAAUUUCACAGAAUAUGUAGUUUUAAAAAUAAUGCCCACAUGUUGGGUUUGCAGCCCAACCAACAGCAACAUGCUACAUAUUGUGCUGUUACAUUAAUAUAUCAUGUCAAACAUAAUCCUCACUAUGUAUCUGUCCAAAUUUGAUUUGUUGAGUUGACCAAAUCAAUGUUAGCCAUAUUUAAUUACGAUAUACACAGCUGUUCGAGGCGGGGUGGGGUUGGAGGAUUUGCAUAGAAGCACCUGAAUACUUAUAGUUUUAUCACUGUAAUGUCAAUAUACAUGAGGUUGUUCAGCAUUGCAUGGAUACGUAGACUUCGCAUAUAUCUCUUCACUGCUUAAUGACAGAGCCUGAUACAAGCUACAAGUUACCGAUACAAUCUACAAGUCACUGAUACAAGCUACCAUGGAAUAAAAAUAACUAGUUACAGUCACAAAGUCACUUUGAAAAUUUUGUGACUAUACUGUACAUACAUAAAACCAGUUUGCUCAUGAGCUCGCUCAUAUACAUACCAAAAAUCAGUAUAUGCUCAUGAGUACACUCAUAGCCCUCAUAUACAUACAUAAAACCUGUAUGCCAAUUAGCACACUCAUAUACAUACAUAAAACCUGUAUGCCAAUUAGCACACUCAUAUACAUACAUAAAACCAGUAUGCCAAUUAGCACACUCAUAUACAUACAUAAAACCAGUAUGCCAAUUAGCACACUCAUAUACAUACAUAAAACCAGUAUAUAUGCUAAUGAGCACACUCAUAUGUAUAAAUACCUAAAAUGUAUGACUAUACUGGGACUAUAUAGUCAAAAGGUUCAAACUGUCUUGUUAUGUUAACUUGGUCAGUUUUUAUUGAGCGAGGGACUCAUAUCUUACAUAUUUAAAUACAGUUGAAGAAUGUGAAAGUUUGUAUGUGAUACUAAAAAGUUGGAUCAUUUUGAUUGAUUGCAGGUCAAAAGUAAACACAAUUUAUAUAUUAGGAAUCUUUUAAAGUUAACUUGAUAGCAGAAUCUAGCUUCUUGGUAGAUGUGAUAUUAUACUCCAGCCCAUCCUUUACUGCACAUGCGCAUUAGUUCAAGACAUAGUAUUUUCUAUGAAUAUAAAAUUGCAUAUUACUGCGAAUAUCAAAUUAUAGAUGUAAUGUUUCUGAAGAUCGAAUAAGGCAACAUUUCUUUUCCUUUAUUUAAAGAGCAAACAUGAACUAUAGCUUUAUAUGAGCGUUUACUCAAAGCGCAACAAGUGCUUAUACGUACUUGUCUACCAAAUAUUUCACAAUAUUCUCGUAUUUAUAUUUUAUUCUAUAAAGCAUGAUUUCUACUAAUCCUCGCACGAAGCAACUCGCUUGUGGCUCUUGCAUCUCAUUAAAAAGGGCUUACAAUUAAAAUUUCGUACAUUGAGACUCCGAUCAUACGAAAUCUGAUGAAUUCAGAACCGUACAUCGCAUUAGUUCGCUUUCAUGUGUUCGCCGCACGGGAAUUCGUAUGGAGAGCUGUGGUCGCUGUGGUGUAGUUCGUCUGGUUUGAUACGUCCUAGGAGAACACCCAUGAGAAAUCAUGAAAACUUGAGUAUGGUCUGAGACUACGUUCAAUGCUCAAGUUUGAACUGUCUUGCUUUGCGUUAACACGCGACCCACGAAGGCGGACAAUUCCAGCUCAGCCUGCUCAGGUAACCGCACGAAUUCCCGUGUGAAUAAAUGAAACGCGACUAAUUUGCGUCCAGUUGCGAUCUCGUCUGCUCUCGUGUGAAUGUAAUGUAGAAAUAUGAACAAACUUACCAGAAAUUUUCACAGGAACAAUGUUUCACUGUAGAUAAGGUCGUUCUUUCUGUAAAACAAUGCCUUUCUAUCUGAAUAUAUUACGAAACAUCUCGUGAUCAAGCUGUGAUCUCAAGUGGCUUUCUGACUUCCUGUCUAGGAAUUACUCAAUUUUCAAAAUAUGUUGAUAUAUUUCACAGAAAUAACAAUUCUACACAUCAGUUGUUAUUACUAUGAAUAUAGAAGUUACAUCUUAAUCAUUUUAAUGUGUAUAUAUAGCUUGAAAAGUUCAAAAUAUGCAUUUCUUGUACUCAGAUAUAUUACGUCAUUUCGUGGAAGCGAUAUUUCAAUGUAACAGUAUACGGAGAAAUCGGGCAGCGUCACAAGGAUUAUUCCACCGUGACGCGAGGAUUAGGAUUAUUUCAGGGUUGUGAUUUUACAAAAGGUUAGAAUUUGGGUUAUGGUAAGGGUUAUGGUUAGGUUUUUCCUAAGAGGAAAAUACCCCAUAAACACAUGCACAGUUUACCAACUUGACAGUCUUACCAGUUUUACCAGAUUUCAGAUGUAUGUCUUGGCGUUCAACGUAGAUCGCGGCGCGAAGGUACCACUUAAACACUUUCGGGAAAAUUAUUUUUCUCGUAUAUUUUAUAACACUGUGUUAUUCGUCAUCUAUCUGACUACAUUGACUAUAUUCGGCGAAAAUUUGAUAUAAAUUGGAUAAAAAUUCGCCGAGUAAUGGUAGAUCUCCCGAAACGCGCGUGCCUAUCCUGUAACCUUAAUUUGUAAUAAUGAAGAGAAAUUAGGUUUGUUAUCUUGCAAAAGUUCUCUGUCUUCGCAACCGAAUUAACGUGUAUUGCCAGAGGCCAAUGCAUGGUAUAACAACUAAUUAGGAUGUUAGGGUUUGUAAUCCAAGUGAGAAUAUAUAAAUUUUAAGACCUAACCAGAAACGACUGCGAAAAAUGCAGCACAAGGUCUUCUGGUAGGAAUUGAACCUACGGGCCUGCGAUUCCGGUGCAGCGCUCUAACCAACUGAGCUACAGAGGCCAGCUGUUGAGCUGUAACCGUAAGUUCAUGUAUAUAUAGGUUACAGCUCAACAGCUGGCCUCUGUAGCUCAGUUGGUUAGAGCGCUGCACCGGAAUCGCAGGGCCGUAAGUUCAAUUCCUACCAGAGGAUCGGACCUUGUGCUGCAUUUUUCGCAGUCGUUCCUGGUUAGGUCUUAAAAUGUAUAUAUUCUCACUUGGAUUACAAACCCUAACAUCCUAAUAUUCAUUCCACCAAGUGAAGUGCAAGAAUCUAAGUCAUUCAAGCCCACCGUAACAACUAACUUUUUUUAAUUUUUUUUUUAAAGAACUUUAUUGGGUCAUUAACAACUAUAUUUACAAUAAUUAUACAAAUAAUUGGGCAAAGAUACACUAAUUUAAAAUAACAACAAUAAAAGAACCCAAUUGGGAAAAGUGCGAACGGGACUCCAAGUCUCAUGCGGGGCACUUUCCCUAAAAUAAAAUAAAAUAAAAUAUCAUUUUCCAGUCAAAAUAGAAAACAGAAAAAAUUAAAAAUAACAAACGAAUAAAACAAGACAGAACAAUAUGUUCUGAUAUUCAGAGGGUAUGACACCACAAAUACAAAAUAAUAAUAUUGAUCGUUAUCAAAAUUCACAAAACAAAUAAUUUUUAUUAUGACUGUACAUUUAUAUAUACUUCUUUCAAAUAAAUUCAAUGUUUACUUCUUACUAAUGUCAAUGUUCAGAUUAAAAUGUUUUUGUUCAACAAAAGGUAUAUUAGCAUGCUAAGGUUUUUUUCAACGAAACUACACGUUCAAUAUUUACACAGAGAUUAUAUAGGUUAUAUCUAAAACUUUUACAUGAUUAAAUUGAUCAAAAUCUUUGUUUAAACAAAUACUAGUUAUAGGAAAAGUAAUUUAUACAUACAAUAUUUACAUAGAAAUUAUACAAGCUAUAUAUAAAGUGGCAACACAAUACGCUUCACAGUAAAGUUAACCCACUGAUCUCAAAACACUGGAUGGAGUUUCCUUUUGUAUUCAGUAAACCAAUUUUGAAGUCAGUUUUAGUUAACCCACUGAUCUCAAAACACUGGAUGGAGUUUCCUUUUGUAUUCAGUAAACCAAUUUUGAAGUCAGAAUAUUUAGAAUCAGAUGAGAUCGCAAAGUCUGUCAAAAUCUCUGCAAAUCGGAUCACGACGUCUUUAAAUUAGCUACAUUAUGAAGCAAAUGUCUUUUCCUAUGUAACUUAAAAAAUAUAGCCUCCCGUAUUUCUUCUAAUGAGUUUUAGAACGUUUUAAACACUAGAUAAUGAGACUUGUGGCAACCAUCUUGGUGUGACAUCAGUUAUUCACGAGCAAAUUUAAGCGGGAAGAGAGGCGACUGUUGAUAAAUUUCUAUUCAGACAAUGUUUAUCCUUUCUCAGCGAUAACUAGAAACUGUAAGAACCUCUUACACUAUGUCAUCAACACCACAGUAGAUUUGUGCUGCUCACAUCAAUAUGGCCGACAUUGCCUUCAUUUCUGCAUAGAGGAUGCACUAUGCAGAGCUAGAUUUGAGAUCAGAGAGUUAACCCAAGUGCAGGUCAUUGAUGAUGGUUAUAAUUUCAUGUCAUGUAGAUACUAAAUAUGCAAAUGAAAGGGAAAUAAAUAACAUUGACUGAAGCCUGCUGGGCAUUAAACAACUCUGAACCGUAACCAUCAUUGAAGGGUUAGAACUCAGGGCCGGUGUUUUAUGAUCAGGUUUCAGUCAAUGUUAUUUAUUUUCUUUUGUGUGAAUAUUUAGUAUCUACAGGACAUGAAAUUAUAAAUCUGAUGAUCAACCCUCAUGGCACAAAGUACCGUAAAUGAUCCAAUAAAUGCCCUGGGCGUUGAUUAAAUUUUCGUACCUUGAAGGGGGCGUUUAUUAGAUAAAGGCGUCUAUUAGAGAGGGGCGUUUAUUCUUACAUACGGCAUAUCUAGGUUUCUUAAAUAACACUUUCCAAGAGUUUGCAGAGUGAACGAAAGUCAAAAUCUUCAACUUUCAUAGCUCUUACAUUCCAUUGCACCUAUAUGCCCAACAUUAAUAAUUUAAUAAGCGUUCAAUCCAAUAAAUGUUUAAUUAAAUUAUUUAAAUCUUGGAAAUUCUCGAGUAGGGAGAGGGACGUUUAUCACAUAAGAGACUUUUUAAAGAGUGACGCAUCUAUUUUAACAAAGUCUGGGUUGACCAGGGUGUCUAUUAGAUAGAAGGCGUUUAUUAGAGAGUGGGCGUUUAUUGGAUCAUUUAUGAUAUGCAUGCAAAGGCGAAUAAGAAGUUUAUAUGGAGAGCUUUUCAGUUGUGAGGUUUUACUACAGCAGUUGCGUUAGCUCUUUUUUCUUUCAUCCCUGGCAGUUCUCUCCAAUGAUCACCUCCGAUUGUGAAACUUUCUACUGAGUUGAGAAAUCCCUCCUCUUUACUCCAUCCUCCCAAUACAACAAUGACGUCAUGCAUAAUUACUGCUGAGGAACCACACCUCUUGUGUAUCAGUGGAGGCAACUUCUGACUUUGUCCUGAUUCAGUGUCGUACAUGGUGACUUCAUUUAAGACCUGGUCAUUCUUAUCCCUACCGCCAAUAAGUAUCACCAUGUUACCCCAAGUAACUGUGGACAUUCCCCAGACAGACUUGGGUAACGAUGGACAUGGUUUGAACUUAUUCUUGAUGAAAUCGUACACGACAACGCUAUCAAUGGCGUCUUUACUAUAGCCUGUGUUCGAUGCUCCCAAGAUAAGUAGUUUGCCGUUUACAAUCUCUGCUCUGUGGUUUCUUCUUGGCUGAGGCAUUCUAGCCAGCGGCUUGGCAGUAUAAGGCGGGAUAAUAGACAGCUCGUAGAUGUUAUCAUUUAUUUUAUUUUCACUCGCGUUAUGUCCUCCUAUGACGUAUAGUUUACUUUGAUAAACUAUAACGUCAUGAUCAGAUAACUUGACCGGCAGUUUACCAUCAAACAUCAUCCAUCGCAAAGGACCCUGGUUCAUCUUUAAAAUCUCAAUGCUGUCUGUACCACCUUGACCAUCGAAGCCGCCAGUGAUGAUGACGUCGCCGUUGUAAACACAUGAUGCUGAACUUGCUCGAGGGUGAUUGAGUUUUGGUAGCCGAGUCGAUUUCCCUUUUGCUAUGUUGAAUUUUUCUACUGUUUUCGAUACACUUUUAUUUCCUGGGGCAUAAAAACCGCCAACAAUAAUAAUGUCUUGGUCGUUGACUGGAACUGGUGGAUCUAAAGCUUGAGCACCAUUGUUGUUUAUAUUUCUUCUUUCCAACAGCUUACCGAACAUUUCUGUCAUUCUUUCAAAUUGGUUCCUUACCUCUGCUUGAAACGCCAUUUGAUCUGCUUUCAUUUCUGCUUGAGUUUGCUUUAUCUCGUCAACAUUAUCCUGAAUAGUAAAAUUAAAAACUUGCAUAUCUAGGUUGCGGUGUUAAUGGUCAGAUAUCUCAGAGAUGACACGGGAUACCUUUUGAUAAAAUAUGGUUCACGCAGUGAGUAAACAUACAUAACUCAUAAUUGUUCUGUUUCGUGAAAAACAUCAGAUUGAUCGUUUUUUGACCAAGCUUGCAAUCCGUAAGCUCAAAUCGUCGUCAAUAAAAUCAUUUGUGCAAUCAUGAAAAUCUUAUGGCUUACAGAUUGAAAGCUUUUCCAUGUUUUCAAGUAGACGUAUGUAGCGUUUUUACUAGUGAAACAUCGAGAAUUGUUCGCAAAAUAAGCCUUAAAAGUUCCCAAGACAAUGUUGUCUUACCUUCAUUUUAUUUACUUUGACAUUUAUAACAUCUUGAGAUUGCUUCAUCACGUCAACAUUUUCCUAAAUUAAAGUAGAAGUGUUAAGAUAUCUCAGAGAUGACCACAAAUACGAAUGACAUGCACGAGUGACAAAAAAGCCGCUUCGGGAUAUAUAGCAGAAUUAUGAUAAAAGGCGAAAAAGUGCUAUAAUAAAUAUCUGUGCUGAGGUUUGAAUUAUACAUAUAAUCAAAGACUGAUGAUUUUCAAAAUUCAGAUUUAUUUACAGCAAACGUUCCUUUGCCACUCGUGGUCAAACGUGGUCCACUCAGGUGUAUUUUCAAAUCAGUUCAAAUGAUGAACUGUGGUUAAUACAGUAAGUAAAAAUUAAUGUUGUAAUUGUUCUAUUUUGUGGAAAACAGCAGAUUCUGUUUGACGAAGCUUCCAAUCCGUAAGCCCGGAUAGGAAGCGAAUAUUAAUCAAUAAAAAUGUGCAGUGAUGAAGAUGUUGACUUAGCUAAGGAAUGAUAGCCUGCGUUCCAGUCCACUCAACCGUUGUGUGUAGUGGACUGGAAGACAGGCUAGGGAAUGAAAGGCAAGGGUGGGUAGUAGCGAAGUAGUUGUAGUUCGCUACUGUAUAAAAAUCUGUUUAUAAUUUUCAGAUUGUUGUUUCUCACUUAAUCCGGAACUGUCUUGUUGUUGUCGUUAUCUACACUGGCACAGAUCGUUCGAGACGAUAUCGACAAGGGUUCGAUAUCGUUGCCAGAGAUUUGCCAGGCGGAAAACGAAUUCUUAUGAUAAAUAUCAGAGCCCAACAUAUAACUUUUAACAAAGCCAUUAAAACAGUUAAGAUUUUAAAGAAUUUUUAUUGUAACUUAAGACAUCUUCAGACUAGAUAAAAUUACAUGAGAUUUGAAUAUAUAUGAGCUAAUAGAUUAUAAUUAGCUUAUAUAUAUUCAAAUCUCAUGUAAUUUUAUCUAGUCUGAAGAUGUCUUAAGUUAAAGACGAAACGUUGCAAUAAAAAUUCUUUAAAAUCUCAACUGUUUUAAUGGCUUUGUUAAAGUUUUUAUGUUGGGCUCUGAUAUUUAUGACAAAGGUUCGUACAAAACUUGACAGUCCUUCAAUUUGAAAACAAAAAUUCAAAAAGCCUUGAAAGUCCUUGAAUUUUAUGCAGUGCCGUAGGAAGCUGUUUUUGAUUGGGGGCUGAAAGUGAGGGCCGAAGGUCCGAGGAAAUUUUUAAAUUUAUAGAGUCUCUGAAAUGCUAUUUCCUGGACUUUGGGGAAGAUUUGACAGAAUUCUGAUGGUCAGAAAACAGCGUUUUAGUAUGCCGAAAUUUACAAUUUAGUAGUACUGAGUGGGUGAAGGCGCAUUUAAUUUACUAUAUAUUGGAUAAGUUGCAGGAAAAAGUAUGGGUAAUUUUUUCAUUCUUUGCAGUUUGUCAUGGAUAAUGUAGCCGCUUAAAAUGAAUCAAUUGUCAGUAUUUUAAAGGUAUAUUAUUUAAAUGAUAAAGGUCUGCAUGAUUUUGAAAAAAGAAUGAUUAUUAGCAAAUUAUUGGGCGGGGCUGCAGGUUGCUACGGCCCCGUAUAAAGAAGUGUUUGAAAAUCCUUAAAUUCUUCAUGCUUUAGUUUCUGGAUAUUUCCUGGAAUUGUUUCACAUUAAAAAAACGAAGAUGUUGUUAAAUUGAUUUUGUUUAUGUGCAACCAAACUGUGCAAUUCAUUAAAGUUGUCGUUUGAAUUACACCAACUUAACGUCACUUUUAGUGAUUUCUAACGCCUUCUUUUCGGCCCUUUUGUCUUUGAAUUUGCGAAUACAUGGCCUUGAAAGUCCUUGAAAAGUCUUUGAAUUUUAUUCUUCCAGACAGGCACGAACCCUGUGUUUUACUACAAAACAAUUAUAAUGAUUGCCAUACAAACAUAAUGAAAGAAACGAAGAAAAUUUGGUCUUACCUUAAUUUCAUCCUCCAUUCGUGUGUUCUGAACUUUCAUUUCAUCUUGGCUUGCUUUCAUUUCAUUCUGACUUGCUUUCAAUUCAUCUUGGCUUGCUUUCAUUUCUUCUUGACUUGCUUUCAUUUCAUUCUGACUUGCUUUCAUUUCAUCUUGACUUGCUUUCAUUUCUUCUUGACUUGCUUUUAUUCCAUUCUGACUUGCUUUAAUAUCUUUGCAGUCGUGACAUUUGGCGAUUCUAAAUUGGCAAAGAUUUUUCUCAUGGUUUUCUUGAUCCCGUCUAUUGACCUCGGUCUCACAUCCUUCAUUUCCACACAUGACGGGCGCGAAUCCACAUUGAUCGACAUGUCUUUGAAGAUCUUCAAGCCGGACAACGUCAGGACAGCCACGAUCAUGGUGGUCGCACUUGAUUUUCAGAUCUUCUAAAUAAUUCUUCAAAAAUCUUGUAGGACGUUUCAGGGUUUCUGGAGUCAGGGGGUCUCUGCAAACUGGGCAUGUGUGAGAAUUUUGAUGCAGAUGUCGCGAUAUAUGAGCCAAACAAAAUAUAUGAUCUUCAUUCUGGCAAACUCUUGGGUCCUUUGGCACAUCUUGGCAAACAGAACAGAGCAGAUCUUCUCUCACUUCGCCUACGAAACGAUUGACAUCAUAACCUUGCUCGUCGUCGUCCAUAACUUCAGAACAGAGCAGAUCUUCUCUCACUUCGCCUUCGAAACGAUUCACACCAUAACCUUGCUCAUCGUCCAUUCUGCACGCCAUUGUUGAACGUCUGAAAGAUUACAAAAGAGUUGCAGGAUACAGAAUUAUAGAUAUGAACAUAAUAAUUACGGAUUUAAGCUGAUUUACUAGCAAUAAAACGCAAUUAUUUCCAGUACAUUACGAUUGCUAACAAAAUGAGAAAAUUUUGAUCAUUCUAAACGAUUUAGUUACCCAUUAUUAAGUAGGUAGCAAGGUAAAAUGUAACUUGGGGUUUACUGAGCACAGUCAAACAGCAGUACUGUAGUAAUAUAUUAUGUAUAGACAAUAAACUAUAGAAAAUGUGUUACCUGAUUAAUCCUGGAAAGAAUGACCUUUAGGUGCUUGGAAAUCAGUGGUCGAUAUGAAAAGAUUUUUUCAAAAAUUGAUCUGUUGAAGAGUAAAGAAAUAGAAAUGUUAGGUGAUUGUUCAUUGGUUGAUCAAUUGGUGUUGAGGCACAAUAGUUCGUUUUGGGACAACUUUCUUUCCCUAAAUUUUCUUUCCCUUUCUUUCCCCUGGCUUGUAUAAGCUCAUCAGCAGGUCCAAAAUUGCGAUUCACUUUUCAGUGGUAUUUGUGAAUCAAAAAUUUGAUACAGUCGAACCUCUAUAAGCGGACAACUUUCCUAAGCGGACACGUCUUUUAAGCGGACACAUAUCUCAGGUCGUAUUCGUUUUCUUUAAUAAAAUACUAUUAUCAUAACCCCUAUUAAGCGGACACCCCUCUUUAACGGACGCGGACACCUUACUUGAGGUCCCAAUGGGCAAACCAUGCAACCUCUCUUAAGCGGACAGAUGACAGAUUGUCUGAUAAAAUUUAUUCAAUAUUCGACAGUAAAUAACAAUUUUAUAGAUCAAUUUACAUGACGUGCAGUUUCUACAGAUAAAUAUAUUAGACCAAUCUAAUUUAAUCUUGGAGGUUCAAAUAUGUCUUUUAAGUUUUAACCAGCUGCAAGAGAAACUAUACACAUUCUGUGUAUUUGUGGGGAUGAAGUCUCCAUAAAAUGUCAACUUAGGCCUAUAGACUCGAUAUAUGUCAAAUAUAUCUAAAACUAAGGACUGUCCAUAUGAGUUUAGUACCUUUGAUCAGGUUAAGGACUGUCCAUAGGGCCUAAAAAAAUACCUGUGGUUCCGGUUUCCGACCGACCCUAUUUUUUUCUGCCGACCCUAUUAUUUUUUCAACGUGAUUUACCGUGCGACCCUGUUUUCUCCGGGUGGUUGCGGGCUGCUGCCAAAAUGGCGUCUGUUGUCGCACUAAUUAUUGGGAAAAAAACAUGAAAAAAAUAUUCAAAAAAAAUUUUUUUCAGACCUACCGACCCUAAUUUUUUCGCGAUACGAAAACUGAACCACAGGUACUUUUUUAGGCCUAGGGGUUUUGCUCUCCGAUUGGCCAGGGGCAGGGUAAGGACCAUGGGCGUACCGGAAGGAAAAAUUUAGGGGGGCGGCAAGAAAUUUGCCCGGGUUUUCCGGAUUUUGCCCGACAAGUACCGAAAAAAUUGUUUCCGGAAUUUGUUUUGGCGACUCCCCCCCCCGUCGCCAAAAAAAUUUCGGUCAGUGUACCAUUUUAGGGGUCAACAAUUUUUUCCGGACAUACCUAAAUUGUCCGGAACCUACAAAAAUUUGGGAAACAUCACUAAAUUUUCCACAAAAUUUACAGAAUUUGUCCCAUUUAUUUUUUUUAUUAACCAAAAUUGCCCGACUGUUCAGCGAAUAUUGCCCGACUGCCCAAAAAACUGGGGGGGGGGGGCUGCCCCCCCGCCCGGUACGCCCAUGGUAAGAACUGUCCAUACUGCAGGUUAGAACUGUCCAAGUGAAUCUUGGUCAGAUUAUGAGCAGCCAGUUCAUAAUCAGUGCAGCUAAUAGGGUGUGACAUAUGAGUAGGGAUGAUGCUUGUCAUAACACAAAUGGACUCUUCACAACCCAGAACCCUUCUCCCACGAAAAAUAAAAAAUUGUGUUUAAUAUUGUGUUUGUCGAGAAAGUGGAGCAAAAAUCAACAACUUGGGUCAUUAAUAUUAGACUAAUCUAAUUUAAUCUUCGAUGUUCAACUUUUCUUACUUUAAUUUGUCUUUUAAGUUUUAACCAGCUGCAAGAGAAAGUUCGACGCCAUAACCAGCUCCUCUGUUGACACGUGCACGUUUACCCUUGAUUAUUACUGUUCCUGAAUUGGUUGCGCGUUUCAAAAAUUGUGUUACCAACCCCGCCAUUAACUUAGGGAUGUGACCAACAAUCAAAUCAUUUGUCAUUUCAUUCCGAUGAACGAAGAAAGACUUCAUCUGCAGUCUUUUCUUCUGUAAUCUGGUAGAUCUCACAGAAGGGCUUGAGCUUUGCCUUUUACAAACAACAGCAAUCGUUCGAAAUGUAAUUUUAUGCUAAUUAUUUGCUAGAUAUUUGUUACUGUUUUGAUACUCAAACUACACACCCAAAUUUGCCUCCUGCUGUGUUUUUCUGCGAACCCCUUUUAAGCGGACACUUAGGCGAGAUCCCGAAGGUGUCCGCUUAAUAGCGGUUCGACUGCAAUUGUUGAAGAGAAGAAGUAUAUGGCGGAUUUUGAACGCGUCAUUUGAAUGCGCAAUCGAAUUUCGCGAUUCGUGUAUUGUGGUAUGCCUUUGCCUCUUUGUUUUGUUAUAGUCAAGCAAACCAAUGUUGUUUAAAAUAAUAUCGUUGCUCUGAUAAUCAACAAAAUGUUGAGUGAGUAAAAGGUUGGGUAAACGAAAAAACAAAACAACUGAAGGAUUGGGUAAUAAAAAUUUAUUGUCAUUUCCAAAGCACGACUAACUCAUAUAUUGAAGACUAAAAACUAAAAAGCAAUGUCAACACUCAACAGUCAUAUGUCAAUACAAUAUGUAAAAGAAGCAGAGUCACUGUUUUCCGCGCUGCGUUUAUAAUUUGGAAACUCAUUAGAAUAAAAAUAUAACUCGUAUAUUAUCUAUGUUGGUCAACGUUUAUUCAUAAAUCUGGUCUUUCACCGUCACAUGCGUAUUGUAUUUUUGCCCGAUUAACCAAUAGGAAUGUUUUAGGAAAGUUACCUAUCCGUGACUCGAACAAUAGGGUAAAUUGGAAAUUGCUAUUGGUGGAUUUGGCAAAAAUACAAUACACACGUGACGGUGAAGGACCAGAUUUAUGAAUAAACGUUGACUAACAUAGAUAAUGAGUUAUAUUGUUAUUCUAAUGAGUUUCCUAACCAUCUGUUGUUCUAUUAUAACUAUGAUUAAAUUAAUUAAUCAGCACAUAAUCAUAUGUUGAACGAUACAUCGUCUAACAAAGAAAUAUUCACCCUUUUAAAAAACUUCGACAUAGUCUAGAGUUCCACAGCAUGUAAAGACAAUUUAUUUGUACAAGAAUCUCUUCAGUAAAUAUAUCUAGCUGGUAAAUAAGUAUACACGAAUGUUUUUCACACAGUAGCCCAUCCCAAUCUGCACAUGCGCAUUUGUUUAAGAGGAACUAGAAUUCUGUAGCUUUUGAACUGUGAUAUAUGAAUACCAGUAUCAAAAUAUAUAUAUCUAAUGUUUUCUGUCUUACAAUAAUCUAAACCCAACAUCAUCUUGUAUUUAUUUCUGCGCAAAACACAAGACUGCAGCUUGCGUGUUACUUAAAGCGCUAAUCUUAUCUACCAACUAUUUUGCUGAAUAAUCGUCGGUUUACAAGCCCAAUUUACUAGACUUUGCGACACGCUAGAAGGCCUAGAAGCGCGCGCUUCUUAUGAAACUCACAAUCAAUGUCUACAGUGAGACUCGGUCGACAUGGAGACGAAUGAAUCAAAUUUGCGCGCUUUCGCUUUGGCAUUGCGCUUACGCAAGGCAUUAUUAAACUGGGCAAUUCGAGCGCAAAUAACCCUUGAAUUCCCUUGUAAAGAAACGGAACGCGAUUAAUUGGCGUUCGGUUACAAAUUCGUUUGAAUAGGAGGUAAAAAUAUGAACAAACUCACCAGAAAUUUUCGCAGCAAGUCUUUAUAGCUCUGUCGUUCAGUAAAACAACGCCUCUCUGUCUCUAGAUUGCGAAAACGUCUCAUUGACAAGCUUUGAAGCCAAUUAACUUCCUUCCAGGAAGUGCGCAAUUCUCAAAAUAUGUUAAUAUAUUUCAUAGAAAUAUCAAUUAUACACAUUAAUUAUUUUAAAUGAUCAGUGGAUUCGCAGUCCAGUUGUCAUAUAUCGUCCCCAAGAGGAGAGAGAUUGACAACAUGGCGAGAUUUUUUAAAGGACAAAAGUAACAAAUUUGGUCUGUGAAGUGAAAGCAAACGUUUCGUGGAAGAUAUUUGAAUGAAAUGGAAAGGAAACGGUCUAUAUUCUUUUCUUUGAACGACAGAGCGUGCGGAUAUACAAACCGAACAAAUUUACAUCAAAAUGUGUUAGGUAUGUUUUAACAUAGACUGUAUUAAAAUGACAAUAUGACAUCGUACUUUUGUGAUUGUGUCUCAGUAAGCAUCACAAAGCAAUAUAACUGACUUAUAGGGCCAAGCAAAUUAAAUUGCAUUUCUUAAUUCGUGAAAUAGAAGGUUAUCUAUAAAUUUACAAUAAAAAUAUUAACAUUUUCUUAUUCUGAUAUAACUGCAAGUUUAUAUAAUAUGCUAUAUGGUCAGCUAGGCUCAUUUAAGACGCUAUACUUUUGGUUUGCCGAACUUAAUUGGGGUACGACAGAAGAGUGACAUAUGAAUCAGUUAAGUAUGGCAGAAUUUGGAGCGACAAGUUCAAUGCAAGUUAACUUGUCGUUUUAUUUGACGUUUCUGAUACUCGGAGUGUAUAUCCACACCGGGCAGUCUGAAAAGUUUGCCUGACCACGGUGGGAAUCGAAUUUGUAACCUUUGGGAUACUAGUCCAAUGCUCUGCCAAAUGAGCUACGAUGUCUGUUCGAGUGUGUGGUAUUUUAGUACCUUCAAUACCAAUGUGUUGUUAUGAUCAUGAGGUUGAGUUCGAUUCCCACCGUGGUCAGGCUAACUUUUCAGCCUGCCGGGUGUGGAUGUACACUCAGAGUAACAUCACAAACAAUAUAUUCACCUGAGUACAUAACAUCAAAAUGCACACAAAAAAGUAUUAUUUUUGACGUUGGAACGACAUUGAUUCAUAUGCUGCCCCUACCAUAUGCCAAACCUAACUCAACUUUUUAUGAAAUUUGUUAGUAUUAUAUUAGCUAUCUUCGCACCUAUUCAAACCUGGCUUAAACUAUUAACUACUGCUCCAAAUGCUGUUCUUUCAACUUAAGUUGUUGCUCUGUAGUUAUGUAAAUAAUGUUCUAGUUAUGUACUGUAAAUACAGUUCUUUCAGUCAGGGGCAUAGGAAGCAUUGGGGGGGAGGGGCACCGGCUUCUAGGGGCACUUUAGGGUAUUGAAAAGGGCACCUAAAAAAUUUUUCCAGGAAUUGUUGUCGACGAGGGGGGGGGAGAAGAAAAAUUUUUUAAAAAAACUUGGAAAUUUCCAAACAAAAAGGGCACAGGUCUUUGAUGUUAAUUUAGUAUGUACAGCGACGUUAGCUUGUACAAAAAGGGCACUUUUCAUCACAAAAAAGGGUACUUUUAGUCCUUUGAAAAAAUUUGGGGGCCCCCUGUGUCCCCCCCCCCGUUCCUAUGCCCCUGCUUUCAGUCUAUUUGUUUCUUCUUUUAUAUUUAGGCAGUGAACAGCUGAUCAAAAGAUUAAAAUGCGAACAUCUGUUUGUUGGCCACGAAGGCUGCGUAAGUACCCCAUGUAGCUCAGAUUAUUGAAAAUUUGAUGCCUGUGGCAAUGCACCCUACUUUAUUAUUUUAUUCUGUCUAAUGCCAGACACCUUCAAGGCCGAUUUACACUACACAAGUUUAAGCCUAAAAGUGUUGCAUUCAGCCUAAAUUUUGUCUCCAAAUGCUUUAGGAAAUGUUUACUGGUAUAUGUAAUUUAAAUUCUCUGACAAAAUUUUCACUGUUUUCAAACAGGUGAACACGGUCGCCUGGAAUGAUGGCGGAGAUAUACUACUCUCAGGCUCAGAUGAUUGUAAAUUGAAUAUCUAUAAACUAUUUUCCACAAAGGUAUUUUGUUUUAUAGUUUAUGGUAUGGGAUUCAUUGAGUCCCGUUUGUACUAUAUAUUACUGUUUUCAUACCAAUAAAGAUCAGGAUUUUAGCUGUCGAAUGCUACCUUUCUUGCAUCUUUGCGAUACAAGUGCCGCUCGAAAUCACAUUUUUCCACCAUUGGGAAUUCCAUGUAAAGCUAUUGUCUGAGUAUUGAAAUGAUUCUCAUUUGGGAUUCAUACAAGUAUGUAAGUUGCUUGAAUAAAGAUGGUGCAAAGCAUGUGUCGUUGAAUUUUGCAUCGAAAUAGACAUUAUGCAUAAUGACGUCACAAGAUCCAUUAUCGAAAUUUUCCCGGGCGAUGACUACUAAGACCUGCAUUCCUUGCGGGCAUCAAGCCUUGUGACGUCAUUAUGCAUGAGGUUUAUUGAGUGAAUAAAACAUUUUAUAACACUGGAAGUUUGCGUACUGACCCACAAUGCCAUACGUUUCCAAAUGGGCAAAAAGCAUUUGGGCAAAUGUGCGAAAAUUGGACGAACAUUUAAAUCCUCAUAAAAACAUGAGCAGCAGUGUUUUAUCAGAUAUAAAGAUACGAGGCGAAGCCAAGUAUCUUUAGGUCUGAUAAAACACACACUGCGAAUGUUUUAAAUUGCUUCAAAAACUAUCAAUCUAGUAAGUUCAUUGGCGAAGUAAUUUUCAAAAAAUACGUUGUGUAAGUUGAGAAAAUCAAAGUUAAAGUUUAUGUAAAUCAAGGGAAAUCUCUUUCACAUAUAAAGAUACGACACGCUUAUGAUUUUUCUUUGUGUUUUCCUCAUGAAUUAUUAAUCAGUUUUUGAAGCAAAUACUGUAUAUAGUCCUUGUGUCACAUUUUAAAUUACUCAGGUUAUUUUCAAGUCCCAGAUAGCUAACUUUUUUUAUAAAACAUUACUAUUGGUUGGUUAAUGUUCAAUGUUGGUAUACCCUUAUUUUUUAGCCAGUACAGGCCAUUCAAAGUGGUCAUCAAGCGAAUAUUUUCAGUGCAAAGUUUCUACCUUGCACAGCAGAUACCAAGGUACAGUUUUAUUUUUGUUUGAGAGGAUUUUAUGAAUGAACUUGCUGGAGGGGCUUGUGUGGAGAAGUCAUCAUAGCAAGCGCCUCACUAUGGACUCAUGUGAAAAGAGUCCGUCAACGCUUUGUCGAAAGUCGUGGGUUUUCUCCGGGUCCUCCGAUGUCUUCCCACAGGGAAAGUUGACAAGGAUGGGUUAGGAUAAACACAGUUAAGAAAGUAAUAUCACAAUUGUCGUAGAAAUAAAAUAGUCUAGGCUAAGAGGUAAGCGCAUAAUACUUGAUGUAAAGCACAUUUGAUCAUAUGUGGAUAUUUUAUAGAAGCAUUUCUAUUAGUUGUAGUAGUAGUAGUAGUUCUGGCAUUUGUAAAGGUAGUUCUGCCAUUUGAAAAGGGAGUUUUGCUAUUUGAAAAGGGAGUUCUGCAAUUUGAAAAGGGAGUUUUGCCAUUUGAAAAGGGAGUUUUGCCAUUUGAAAAGGGAGUUCUACUAUUUGAAAAGGGAAUUCUGCUAUUUGAAAAGGGAGUUCUGCUAUUUGAAAAGCGAGUUCUGCUAUUUGAAAAGGGAGUUCUGCUAUUUGAAAAGGGAGUUCUGCUAUUUGAAAAGAGAGUUCUGCUAUUUGAAAAGGGAGUUCUGCUAUUUGAAAAGGGAGUUCUGCCAUUUGAAAAGGGAGUUCUGCCAUUUGAAAAGGGAUUCUGGCAUUUGAAAAGGGAGUUCUGCCAUUUGAAAAGGGAUUCUGGCAUUUGAAAAGGGAGUUCUGCUAUUUGAAAAGGGAUUCUGGCAUUUGAAAAGAGAGUUCCGCCAUUUGAAAAGGGAGUUCUGCUAUUUGAAAAGGGAGUUCUGCUAUUUGAAAAGAGAGUUCUGCUAUUUGAAAAGGGAGUUCUGCUAUUUGAAAAGGGAGUUCUGCCAUUUGAAAAGGGAGUUCUGCCAUUUGAAAAGGGAUUCUGGCAUUUGAAAAGGGAGUUCUGCCAUUUGAAAAGGGAUUCUGGCAUUUGAAAAGGGAGUUCUGCUAUUUGAAAAGGGAUUCUGGCAUUUGAAAAGAGAGUUCCGCCAUUUGAAAAGGGAGUUCUGCUAUUUGAAAAGGGAGUUCUGCUAUUUGAAAAGAGAGUUCUGCUAUUUGAAAAGGGAGUUCUGCUAUUUGAAAAGGGAGUUCUGCCAUUUGAAAAGGGAGUUCUGCCAUUUGAAAAGGGAUUCUGGCAUUUGAAAAGGGAGUUCUGCCAUUUGAAAAGGGAUUCUGGCAUUUGAAAAGGGAGUUCUGCUAUUUGAAAAGGGAUUCUGGCAUUUGAAAAGAGAGUUCCGCCAUUUGAAAAGGGAGUUCUGCUAUUUGAAAAGGGAGUUCUGCUAUUUGAAAAGGGAGUACUGCCAUUUGAAAAGGGAUUCUGGCAUUUGAAAAGGGAGUUCUGCUAUUUAAAAAGGGAUUCUGGCAUUUGAAAAGGGAGUUCUGCCAUUUGAAAAGAGAUUCUGGCAUUUGAAAAGGGAGUUCUGCCAUUUGAAAAGAGAGUUCAGCCAUUUUAGGCAUUUUCAAAAACAGUAGUUCAACGUUCAAACAUCAAUAGCGCAGUCAAUAUUGCAUGGAAAUUCAACUUUAAUAUAUGAAAAUCAAUUAUCAUUAUUUCGUUGCGAUAGCUUUUACGUUUUUUUUGGACACCCUGUAGUAUUUUUUAUUUUUUCAUUUAUAGGUAGCAUCGUGUUCAGGCGAUGGUGUUGUCCAUUAUAAUGAUGUCAACAGUCAUUUAUCUUACGGGACCAAUCCUUUUCGUUGCCAUACUGGAACGACAUACGAGGUAUUAAAUCCUGGAGGUUCAGUAACGAUCAUCUCUUAUUCAUCCGGUGUUACUACAGGAGGAAACCUAAACUAAACUAACUUUAUUUAUACUGGAUAGCUCGAUCAGUGCUAAACUGUUCUUCCUAGAGGUGCAGUAAGGAUCAUCUCUUAUUGAUUCAGUGUUACUACAGGAGGAAACCCAAACUAAACUAACUUUAUUUAUACUGGAUAGCUCCAUCAGUUCUAAACUGUUCUCCCUAGAGGUCCAGUAAGGAUCAUCUUUUAUUGAUCCAGUGUUACUACAGGAGGAAACCUAAACUAAACUAACUUUAUUUAUACUGGAUAGCUCUAUCAGUUCUAAACUGUUCUUCCUAGAGGUCCAGUAAGGAUCAUCUCUUAUUGAUCCAGUGACAUUACAGAAGGAAACCUAAACUAAACUAACUUUAUUUAUACUGGAUAGCUCUAUCAGUUCAAAACUGUUCUUCCUAGAGGUCCGGUAAGGAUCAUCUCUUAUUGAUCCAGUGUUACUACAGGAGGAAACCUAAACUAAACUAACUUUAUUUAUACUGGAUAGCUCUAUCAGUUCUAAACUGUUCUUCCUAGAGAUCCAGUAAGGAUAAUCUUUUAUUGGUCCAGUGUUUCUACAGGAAGAAACCUAAACUAACUUUAUUUAUACUGGAUAGCUCUAUCAGUUCUAAACUGUUCUUCCUAGAGGUCCAGUAAGGAUCAUCUUUUAUUGAUCCAGUGUUGCUACAGGAGGAAACCUAAACUAAACUAACUUUAUUUCUACUGGAUAGCUCUAUCAGUUCUAAACUGUUCUUCCUAGAGGUCCAGUAAGGAUCAUCUCUUAUUGAUCCAGUGUUACUACAGGAGGAAACCUAAACUAAACUAACUUUAUUUAUACUGGAUAGCUCUAUCAGUUCUAAACUGUUCUUCCUAGAGGUCCAGUAAGGAUCAUCUCUUAUUGAUCCAGUGUUACUACAGGAGGAAACCUAAACUAAAUUUAUUUAUACUGGAUAGUUCUGUCAGUUCUAAGACUAGGAAAUUAAAUUGAAAUGUUAUUUUCAGGUGAAUACAACUCCAGGGGACCCACACACCUUCAUGUCUUCUGGUGAAGAUGGUACAAUACGUUUGUUUGAUGUACGAAGUAAGACAAAGUGUUUAUGUGACGGUUGCAAAGAGGUACUGUAUAUCAAUGUGUUUUUUUUUAAAGAUAUACCAGAUAGGGCUUUUGUUAUCCGGCCCGAUAUGCCGGGUACUUAAAAAAUAUCCGGCCAGCUAGUAGCAGCUACCAGAUUUAGUGAUCAACUCGAAAGUUUAUGCUCUUUUGAUUACUAUGCACCUUAACCUUAUUAAAUUAACUUGAAAUUAUUAAUUCAAAGCAUAAUCAUUUGUAAAGUUUUAUAUACAUUUUCCUUGUUUUGUAAAUAGUGCAGUUUCUGAAUAGAUCUUGAAAUCUUGAAAUGUAGAUGAUGUUGAUAUAUGGUUUGGGUUUUUAUUUACGGUAAAAUAAUGAUUUUUUGGAGCACUUCUGUAAGAAUUUCUCUGUUUCUUUAGGAUGUACUGAUAGACUGUCAGAAAGCAGUCACGUCGUUCAGUGUUAAUCCAGUUCAACCUUACUACGUCGCCAUUGGCUGUGAGAAUAGUUUGUUACGAGUUUAUGAUAGACGAUCACUGAGUACAGGCGAGCCAGGCAAGGAACAUGACAAACAGCGUGGUCUAUUGUAUCAGUUCAAACCAAAAGCGUUAGAGAAACGGGAUUGCAGAGUGACCUCGCUCAAAUACAGGUAUGUUGAAAUAGGUUAGUGUUACUAAGUAAACACUAUCGUGCAGCAGAUAGUGGUCAACCCGCAGUUAUCAGAGUGAGAAAAUAAUUUUAAAUCUUGUAUUUGGAGGAAAAUAAAUAGAAUUGUUAUUUAAUUUGCUUCAUCCUGUAGUAAGACUGGAUCAAUAAGAGAUUAUCCUUCUAGACCUCUAGGAAGAACAGUUUAGAACUGAUAGAGCUAUCCAGUAUAAAUAAAGUUAGUUUAGUUUAGGUUUCCUCCUGUGGUAACACUGGAUCAAUAAGAGAUGAUUUUUACUGGACCUCUAGGAAGAACAGUUUAGAACUGAUAGAGCUAUCCAGUAUAAAUGAAGUUAGUUUAGUUUAGGUUUCGUCCUGCAGUAACACUGGAUCAAUAAGAGAUGAUCCUUACUGGACCUCUAGGAAGAACAGUUUAGAACUGAUAGAGCUAUCCAGCAUAAAUAAAGUUAGUUUAGUUUAGGUUUCCUCCUGUAGUAACACUGCAUCAAUAAGAGAUGAUCCUUACUGUGGACCUUGAGAGAAAACAGUUUAAGUAUAUAAAUAGAAUUUAAGGUUUAUAAAAUUUAAAAUAGUGGUUCUUGUUGCUUUUUUAGUUCAGAUGGUGAGAAUCUUCUUGCAAGUUAUUGUUCGGACUAUGUGUAUCUCCUCGACUCUAACCCUAAACAGGCGGAUCAAUUGCAGCGAGGCAUGGAGGACGAGACAGAUGGGCCAUGCCCGAACACAGGCAACGAUCCACCAAUGAAACGACUGCGCUUGCGCGGGGACUGGUCGGACACGGGGCCGAAUGCCCGGCCAGAAGGUGAAGAACCCGGUGCUAGUGAAGAUAACUUCGUGCAACGCAUGUCGGGAUACUUCACAAGAUGGAUCGAGGAGUCGAUACGGAAUGCACGAAGACAACGGCGACGAAAUCCGACUGGAUCGCGAAGACGUCCCGAAGGUGAUACGGAGGAUCACGAAGACGAUCCGGAGCAAAGCGAUGAUGGUGAGAACUCUGAAACGUUGGAGAGCGCAUUACCUUUGACAGAGGAAAGUUGUGAUGAGCAAAGGACUCAGACCGAUUCAGAUAGUGACGUCACUGAAACUAACAAUGACGUCACUGAAACUAACAAUGACGUCACUGGAAAUAAAGAUGGCGUCACUGAAACUAGCAAUGACGGCACUGGAAAUAAAGAUGACGUCACUGAAAAUAUGGAUGACGUCACUGGUAGUGACAAUGACGUCACUAAUAGUCCCAUUGAUGUCGCCAACCAUCAGAACAACGUGACGCAAAAAGGAGAAAAAGUUCCUAAUCGUUCUCAUAAUGUGAAUGACGCAUCAGAAUGUAAGAAACCAAGAGACGUGAAUUUUUCACGUGAUUCUAGUUGCAGAUCACGUGACGAAGGCGACGUCACCAAUAGCAAUUCUAAUGAUACGAGAACAUAUUAUGAAAAUCAGGCACGAAGCAAGAAUCUUUAUAGAAAUCGACGUCGCAAACGAAAUAAUGCCUCCGACGCGAUCAAGAGUGAGGACAACACAGUUCGAAAUAGGAACAAGAAUACUGAGUCGCGUGAUCCGAUGACGUCAUGUGAUGAUGGUAUCCAUGACAACAUGACAUGUAACCAUAGUAAUGAGAUGCGUGAUGGUGAACUAGAUAGGGAUCCCUGUGGUGGAGCUAAACUACAAUCUGAUACUUCAAGUAUCCGGGAAACUAAACCCCCGGAGAAUGAACCAUCACCGGCGAUAACUUCCAGGGGAUUGUCACCUACCCGGAAUUUAUGUUCUGAGGCACAAAAUGCAGACGUUGGUAUUCCAGCAUGUGGUGAUAAUACUGGAAUUUUCUCAACUGAAACUGUGGACUCGGAAACUGUAACCACGGGAUCUGACACAAUGGAUUCUAGUUGUUGUUCGUUGUUAGAUUCCACUACCCAAGCAAGUCAGAAUAGCAGUUUUGAAAAUUUGCAAUCAGAAACACUAGGGUCAAAUUGUGAGGGAUUAUUACCCGAUGGGGAUAAUAAUAAUCUAGCUAAUGAAAGGACACAAAUUGGUACGAGGAGAAAUGAACCCUCGGAUAUUGAAAGCUCAGAAAAUAGUUCGGCACCGGGGAUUAGUACUAGGGUAACAAUCCCCUUGGGUACGAAUACCCGGGGGUCUGAAACACCCACCAUGGAAACUGGACCUGCAGAAACAGCUUCGGGAAAUCACGAAGAAACCGUCGGCGAAUCUUCGAGAUCUGUCGGGGAUGACUCGAGACGCGAUGCCGCGGCUUCGACUAUUCAGAAUUUCUUCCGGUUUCGUGUGAAAAAAGAUUUUCAGUCAAUUCCAUGUGAUUUUCCCGUUCACUCGAAUGUGAAACAAGUUUUCAAAGGACAUAGAAACGCUCGUACAAUGGUAAGUUUAAUGAAUAGGAUGACGUUAUUUCUGUAUUGGUGUAAUGUACUCAGGUGAAUAAGAUGCUUGUGGUGUUACUCUGAUUGUAUAUCCACACCGGGCAGGCUUGAAAAAUAUGCCUGGCCAUGGUGGGAAACCUACGACCUUUGGAAUACUAGCCCAAUGAUCUGCCAACUGAGCUACGCCGAACCGACCUGACCUGAUCUUAAAGGCCCUUAAAUGAAUAAUAUAUUAUGUAGAUGUCUUCUUACCAUUUUAUUGUAUGUAUAUGUAUAGAAAUUUAUAAAUUAUUAUAGUAGUUUAUAAAUUUUAAAUUUUGUAUAAAAUUAUUGUAAAGCUUCAUGCAAUACAGCCGAAAGGCUGCCAUAUGAUUCUAAUAAACGGUCUAUCUAUCUUGAUAUACUACUUGAUGUUUUUAUUAGAUCAAGGAGGCAAACUUCUGGGGAGAUGACUACGUCCUCAGUGGCAGCGACUGUGGUCGUAUUUUUAUCUGGUCAAGAAAGACGGCCGAAGUGGUCAUGCUGCUCGAAGGCGAUCAACAUGUUGUCAACUGUGUUCAACCUCAUCCGUGUGCACCGAGUAAGUAUUAG